AUGAUACCACGGCCAUCGUAUAGAUUUAGCUUGGCCUUGUCGUUCCUGGCUGCAUUGAUUGUCGCAAAUGUAUCUGGACCACAGUACAUUUAUCCAACAUUUGGAACUUCAUUGAAUGAUCGAUUCAAUUGGUCUGCUGUCCAAAACAGUUUUGUCAGCACGGCAUGCUUUGUAGGUGUGUCCUUUUCAGGACCACUUUGUGCUUGGAUGAUUGAGACUCUUAAAAUCAAAAAGACGCUCCAAGUCUCGGCCCUGUUGAUGUUCUUGGGUCCAUUUUUGGUCGCUCAAACUUAUGCCGGAAGACUACCUGAUAGUUUUAUAUUGUGCGCCUUCUAUCUCAUUUGCACCGGUAUCGCAGGUGCUGCUGCUUAUUUGUGUGCAUUGGAUUCUCAGAGCCAUAAUUUCAAGCAGCGUCGUGGUCUCAGUAUGGGCCUCACUACAGCUUCAGUGGGCACAUGUGGUGUAGUAUUCUCUCAGAUCAAUGACCUACUAUUUGGCAGUGAAAGAUAUGAAAAAGAUGCACCCACGUCAAACGACAGUACAUACAACUUUCUGAUCUUUAUUGCAUUUGUCAUGUCUGCUGGCAUUUUGUUUGGGUCCUUCUUUCUGGGCCCUGUGCAGGAUUUUAGUCGGCAGCAAGUUAUUUACCAACACAUUGAUGAAGAGCAUCAGCCUUUAGAGCAUGUCAAUUCCUUAGAACCCAGCUCCUCCGCUGCUAGUGUCAGAGAUAGUAUUGAAAGCGAUCCUCUGCUCGAGUCCAGUAACAAGCUCGAAGAAGAUUACCCUUCAGAAACUGUCAUCUCGGGCAUCAGAGUGCUUCAACAUCCCAUUGGCUUGGCAUUAUUCAGCACUUUGUUUGUCGUGCUGGGCAUUGGCUACAUCUACCUCGCCAACAUUGGACAAAUCUUGAACGCCAUCUCAGCUCCAGGAAACAGUGCUGAAUCCACACAACAUGCAAGAAACCUUCACAUUACUCUGUUCAGUCUAGGCAACUGUGGCUCUAGAGCAUUCUUUGGUGCAUUGAGCGAUGUGCUGCGAAACAAAUUUGGUAUUCAUCGCUUGUGGAUCUUUGUGUUUGCUUUGGUUUCCAUGCUCAUGACAUUGACGUGGCUUGUUUCUACUUCUACUGCAGCAAUGAAUCCUGAAAAGCUGAUUCCUUGCACUGUCAUUAUCUCAUCGGCUUAUGGUAUUGCAUUUGGUGUCGGGCCAGCAGUGACAACCGAAUUUGGCACAGAGGUAUUUGCUCGCAAUUGGGGCAUUUUCCUUUUCGCUCCCGCGUUUGGUAGUCAAAUCUUCAAUGUUUUGUUUGGCAUCUUGUAUGGCCAUCAAGCAGAGAAACAGAACAGCCAUGUUUGUUACGGCGCUGCUUGCUACAGAGGCACGUUUCGUAUAGGCAUCAUUUGUGGCAUCAUAGUGCUUGCUAUCUUGACUCUAGCAAUCUAUAAGGCAAGUCUUUAUAGACGUCGUAUACCCAGUGAUAAAAUCAUUUAG